GUGUAUCUUUUCUCGCCACUCAGCAGGUACUAUCUUAAAAUUUCGUAUAUUUCAGAUCAAAGUAAGGUGAAAGCUCUCGUAAACAAGUUCCAAACUUUUGUACACUAUAUCAUGCAACUCAGUUAACUGGCAUUAUUCUCCUUAGAAGAGAAAUUCGCAACAAAUAAAUUUUAUUUUUUUAAACAGAAUCGUCCAUCGGGGAAACCGAUGUCAUUCGUGUAUUUGAUCCGAAAGUAAAAUUGCCACUUCCUGAAACGAGAGCGUUGUUGACAAAAGCAGAUCUAGUUUCAGCUGGCUUCACGAAAACUGAAGAAACUCAGAUCGUAACGGGCGAGAAUGGUAAAAAGCGAAAGAAGCUAGUCAUUUCUUAUAUAGUCCAAGACGCCUGUUCCAAUGUUACAUUCUGGGAGGAAAAACUUCGCACUCGUCUUCCAAUAUUUUCGAAAAGUUUAACAAGGAAAGUUAUCGAUGAAGUGGAGGAACGGAUCGAUAAUCGUACAACCGAGUAUUGA